AUGCUAGACCGUUAUACUAGAUGGCCAGAAGCCAUCCCAAUAGAAGACAUUACAGCCGAAGUUGUAUCCAGAGCAUUUUACAGUGGUUGGAUUUGCCGAUUCGGUGUACCACAUAAAUUAACAACUGACCAAGGAUGUCAAUUUGAAAGUUCGUUAUUUACACAAUUAGUUAAAUAUUUGGGAAUGGAAAAACUAAGGACAGCACCCCAGUCAAAUGGAUGUGUGGAGAGAUGGCACAGAGUUCUCAAAGCAGCAUUAAAAUGCCAUUUAGAAUGUGAAAAGUGGACUAAGUUAUUACCUACAGUGCUUUUGGGAAUACGUGCAACUAUUCGGAAAGAUACAAUGGGUCAAAAAUUACGAUUACCAGGUGAAUUUUUCACUGAAACGAAAACAAAGACAGACUUUAACGAAGUUAUGGCGUACGUAAUGAACGCUAUAAACAACCUACGUCCAGCGCCAUUUAAUACUAGCAAGAACAAUACGUUUGCGCAGAAAACCAUGCAACACUGCACUCAUGUAUUCUUACGAGAUGACAAAGUACGUUAA